UAAUUUAAUGAUUGAUCAUAAAAUUUUAAUGAUAUUAAAAUUUAAUUAAUGAAUCAUUGAAGUUAUACGCUUGAGUUGUUUUAUAACCGAAUUAUAUUCGUUCUGAAUCAUUAACAUAAGUUUAUCAUUACGAAACCCAACUGGGGUACACUGGUUGAGCAUGGUCAGUUAUAAUUAAGCGAUCAACUAAGGCCGUUGUGUUUAAAUAGGACAUAUUUACGAAUUAGGAAAAAAAAACAGUUGAACUUAUGGAGCUGAUCAAAGUAUUUUACGUCUGGAUGUGUGUUACCUUCUUAGUGUUACAUUGUGUUCUAGAAAGUUCUAGUGAACAAACACCCUUUGAAUUGCCUGUACAAUUAGUUGGUUUUCCAUUUAUUAUAAUGGCAGUACGAGUGACUAAUUUCAUCAAGAAACUAUCGUAUGCAUUAAGUCCAGCUACAUAUAGAUCUCGUGCUCGGCGGGAACUAAUCUAUACGGACCAGAGUAUGGAAUCGCUGGACGCUCGGGAGGUAGAGAAGUACAUUAUAGCGGAGUUCGGAGCCAAGGCGUGCGUGUUUGAAAGGGUUUGCUCGCAUUAUGCAGCCAAUGCAAGAGUGCAACCAAGACAGCAGCUCAACUGGGCUGAUGUGUUCAAACAGUAUCGUCAGUCUCAAGACCAGGCGAAGGAGUUGUUCUUACUAAGCGUGUUCCUUGGAGAUAUCGUGGGCUCCACACAGCUAUGCCAUCAGCUGGGAAAACGGCGACCGUGUGAUAAUACACUAUUGACAUCUAUUGAGUCAUAGCUUUUAACAUAACCAGUUGUAUUGGAAUGGUCAAAAAAAUAUAAAAAUAAGUACAUUGCCGCGAAAGCGAGGAACUACGUGGAAGCUUCUUCUACUUUCGCGGCAAUGUACUCGAAAAUGCUUAAAUAUAUUAAUGGCAGGGAACCUAUGAAGGUUUUGGUUACAGCUAAAUUUAUUCGGCCAAAACUAUUGAAGCAAAGUAUAAAUUAAAUUUUCGCUUCGUUUACGUGACAUCAUCUGCUCACUACACACCACUGAGAGGCUCGGAACCAGGGGUGACUAAGCCAAAGUCAAACACGCUGGUCCAAUGCGGAUUGACUUCACACAUAUCUUUCUAUUUCUUUGCAGAUAUGUGCAUGUUGCAUCACUAUGAUUUCCUUCGCCGUAAAAGCGUCGGAUAAAUGAACACAUGUUAAUCGAAAAACCCAUUGGUAUAUAGCUAGAUUUGAACCGAGAACCUGCAGAUUACAAGUCAAGUUGUUAACCCCUGAGCCACCGCUCCAAAGAUGUUUUCGUGUUUUGCGCAUUACAUUACGCUACAGGAUGUUCAAUAAUGUGAAAUAUGAACGUAAUUAAUAAUCUAUUGAUGAUACCAAAAAUAUAUUUCUUUCGAUCUGUAAAUUUUAAACAAUAUUAAUUGGUCAUUGGUUGGUGGUAAAAAGCGUCAUAUCAAGAACCGUUUUCAUUCAACCAUAACGAAUGAUUACAAAAAAUAGCUUAAGUUCUUAUUUUGUUUGUGACAUUGUAAAUUUAUAGUCGAAGUUGUUUUUAUAAGUUUUAUAUAUUUUUUAAAAUAAUUACCCACAUCAAGAUGCAGUGAUUUAUUAAGUUACCACUAAGUAAUACGCAUGUGAUAAAAAACUAAGUAAAAUUGUAAGUUCAUAUUUUACUAACAUAAUUUGUUAAUAUUUUUAGUUCUUUUGUGAACAAGAUGUUAGUUAUUUGGAAAUUUUAUUCAUGUACAGUCGCGAUGAAUGUAUUUGUUUUUUUUAAUAAUCCAAAGAAAACCGGACAUGGUGCUAUACUUGUAAGUCCACAGUUUAAUUACGUUGUAAUUUUUUUUUUUAAUACUGUGAAUUCUUCCAUUGACAUGCCACUGUUAUGAAUUUACGUAAUUAUGUAUUUCCUUUCAUUCAAUUUGUAUUUUAUUGGUGGUUAU